GUCAAAGGCCGUUCGAAAAGAGCUCGAAUGUGUUGACGGAGAGGAUUAAACCGACAAAAAUAUGAUCUUCUGAUGGUUUACGACCACCACAGCAAGCCCGGCAUCGUGCAAAUGGACUGUUAAAGGUUCCGAGUUGGUGGUGGAGACGAAAUAACUGCGCUGUAAACGAGUUUUCGUGGAUAUUUUAGUGUUUUUUCCCCCGCUGGACGCCUGUUCGCACUGUUUUAACAAGCUAGCGCUACUAGCAUCGACACCGCGGAGCUGCGAUGGUCGUCGCGGGUUUAUGCGGAUGUGUCCUGACCACUCUUUACUGAACCGACGACAACAAAUGGGACCAUCCAGCAUCGGCCGAAACCAUCGCGGCAUAGACUAACCAUUAAGAGUCAUUUUUCUCUUUGUAUUUGUGGGAAUUGAACCCAAGGAUUCUGUGGACUCUGCAGCAGCAGGUGUUUUUCUAGUUGGAUUUUAGCCCACUGACGUUCUCCCACAGCCAUGGAAUCGACGGUUGAUGACGAUGCAAUGGCAGCGUGAAUGAAGCUUGGCGUGGGGAGAGCUGAACGAUGCCCAAAGGUGGGGGUUCUAAAACCCCCCAGCUGGACCACUUCCCACUCAACACCGACAUGGUGGAAAAGCAGGGUGGGAAGAAGGAUAAAGUGUUGUCAAACAAGACACCCAAAUUGGAUCGCAGUGAUGGGGUCAAAGAGAUGAAAGAAAAGGCCCCUAAAAGGAAGCUGCCCUUUACUGCUGGAGCUAAUGGAGACCAGAAAGAUUCUGACUCAGAGAAACCAGGUCCAGAGCGGAAGCGAAUUAAAAAGGAGCCUACCAACACACGGAAGGCGGGCUUGCCGUUUGGGAUGGGGAUGCCAGGGAUCCGGGCCGGGUACCCCCUUUCUGAGCGGCAGCAGGUGGCCUUGCUCAUGCAAAUGACAGCUGAGGAGUCCGUCAACAGCCCAGACACAACACCAAAGCAUCAGUCGCAGUCCAGUAUGGGUCAGAAGGGAACUCCAAACUCUGCAUCUAAAACCAAAGACAAAGUGAAUAAACGUAAUGAGAGAGGAGAGACGCGGCUGCACAGAGCAGCAAUCCGUGGAGAGGUACGCCGCAUCAAGGAGCUCAUUAGCGAGGGAGCUGAUGUGAAUGUAAAAGACUUUGCAGGCUGGACUGCAUUGCAUGAAGCGUGCAAUAGGGGGUACUAUGAUGUGGCCAAGCAGCUGCUGGCAGCCGGAGCAGAGGUCAACACCAAGGGUCUGGAUGAUGAUACCCCUUUACACGAUGCAUCCAACAAUGGGCAUUUCAAGGUUGUUAAGCUUCUCUUACGGUAUGGAGGGGACCCACGUCAAAGCAACAGGCGAGGUGAAACACCACUGAAGGUUGCCAACUCUCCAACUAUGCUGAAUCUAUUGCUGGGGAAAGGCACUUACACUUCAAGUGAAGAAAGUUCAUCAGAAUCAUCAGAGGAGGAAGAUGCCCCCUCAUUCGCCCCGUCCAGCUCUGUCGAUGGCAAUAACACAGACUCAGAGUUUGAGAAGGGCCUCAAGUUGAAAGGGAAAACUAUGGACCCUCCUAAAUCUGCAGUCACACCAGUCAAAGAUGAAUAUGAAUUCGAUGAGGAUGAUGAGGAGGAACGUGUACCUCCAGUGGACGAUAAACACCUCUUGAAAAAAGACUUUCGUAAGGAUCCUAUUACCAAGCCCAACAGCUUCAUCUCCAUACCCAAGAUGGAGGUCAAAACCUAUUCCAAAAGCAACUCGCUCACACCAAAGAAAACUGUCAGGCGGAUCAUCUCUGACAGUAACAGUUCAGAUGAGGACGACAGGACGUUGUGUUUCACGCCAGCGCCUACGCCGCGGCAACAAGCCCAGCAAACAAAUACCAAGGCUAGAGACUCUGGCUGCAUGAGCUCUAAACAACAGAAAGACAAGAAUAAAGUCAAAAAGAAGCGGAAGAAGGAGAGUAAAAAUAAUGUCAGUAAAGAAGUCAGGUUUGGCAAAGUCAAUGACAAAUUCUGUACAUCAGAUUCUGACUGUGGAGACAUGGAGAGUGAGGAUGACAAGGGCUCAAAUAGUAUAAAGGACUCCUCUGCAGUGAGCCUGAAAGAAUCCCCUGGCUUUAACGCAUCCUCCUCCUCUUCCCAUGGUAACUUGAACUCACAGAAACAAGCACCGUCAUUAGCAGAACAGCAUCCAAAGCAGUGGAGGACAGAUGGAUGGAAGACCGUGUCCUCUCCCACAUGGUCAGACGUCAGUUCUCUCUCUGAUUCAGUCAGAACAAGACUGUCCAGUGAGUCUGACUACUCCUCCGCUGAUUCCAGUGUAGAGUCAAUAAAACAAGUCAAGAGGAAAGCACAGGAGAGCAAAAAGAAGAAUAACAAUGUGCACAGUAACGUAGUGGACAAGAAAAAUUCUGAGCUCUACAAAAACUCCAAUGCAGAAAGUGCGGUCUCGAAAACUGACGUAGAUGGCAAAGUGCUGAAAAAGCAUAAAGUGAAGCACAAGCACAAAAAUAAGGAAAAGGACAAAGCUCCUAGUCUAGUGCUUAAUCAAGACAUGAAUGAGAAAUUUGUCAAGAGCUAUUCUUUCGAUUUUGAUGAUUCAAGGCAGAAGUCCCUAAUUGUUGAGUCAGAGUCACCAGCUGAGAGCAAAGUCAAGUUAACCAAACACGAAAAAGAUCAUUCGAAAAAGGAGGACAGGCUUUUGAAAAGUAAGUCUGAGGACAAGGAUUGGUCGUCUGGGAAAGACCUGCACAGAACGACAAAGGAAGAGAAAAAUAAGAAAACUAAGGACUCCACCAAGGACAAGACAAGUAAGGAGGAGAGGGAGAAGCCUGUAAAAUCUGACAAGGAGAGAAACAUCAAAGAGAAGGAGAAGCCCAAGGAGGAUAAACAAAAAGCUCACAAAGAGGAGAAGAAGAAAAAGUCCAAGGAGAAGUCCUCCUCAAAGGCAGACCGGAAAAGUGAGCAGAAAGAGGAAAAGCAUCUAAAGGUGGACAAGGAGAAAAACACCAAGGAGGAAAAAGAGAAAUGUAAAAAAGACAAAGCACAGAAGGAAGAGUCUGAGUAUGAAGACUAUGACGUCAACAACCGAUUCCUCAACCUUGAGGACACAAAGCUCAGUGCCUCCGAUGACCAUCAUGACAGAUGGGGCUCCGAGAUGUCCUCUGACUCCUCCCUCUAUGAAGAUGACAGUUGGGAUGCUCCCAUUAAAGAGUACAAGGAAUACAAAGCGAACAACGCUGUAAAACUCAUUGUUGAGACUGUUAAGGAAGAGACGAGGAGGAAAGAAAACAAAGUCAAGGACAAGAAAUCGGAUCACAGUGAGAAAAGGUCAGAGAAAGAAGCCACAUCUAGAAAGAAAGACUCAUCAGAAAAGACUAACGAAAAGAAAAAAGACUGGUCUGAAAAACAAAAAUUAAACUUGAGUCACUCAGUUGAAAAAGAAAAGAAGCGUAAGGAGUCCACAGAAAUGGUCAAAGACAAAAAAGACAAGGAUUCUUUAGACAACACUCGAGACCGUAAAGAUUCAUAUGAGUCCAUAAAGGAAAGAAAGGACAUGAAAAUCAAACAGGAAUCUAUAAGAGACGAUUAUGGCAAUGAUACUUUCUUUAAAGACAGUGAUGCUGCAAAAUCAUGUGAUAUCAGAGAAAGAAACUAUUCUGGAAAGGAGAAAGAAAAGAAGGGUGAUGCAACAGAGAAGAGAGAAAAGACAAAAGCAGACAAGCACAAAGACAAAACAAAGGACAGAGGCACUGAUCAGGAGAAAAGUGAGAAAAGCUCGACAGAAAAACCUGCAAAGGAAAAGGAUACAGACCGGUGCACCAAAGACAAGAAGGAGGGAGCCAAAGACAAACACAAAGAGUCUCAUGGCAAAGAAAAAGAUCGAAAGAUGUCUUCAGAACAGAUCAAGGAGAAGAAAGAAAAGGCCUCUCAAGACAAACACACUGAAAGGGAGAAAGAUUUCUUGGAGAUAAAGAAAGAGGAAAGAAAACCAGAGAAAAUCCGAGAGAAAACGUGGUACAAGAUUGCCGACGUAUUCACUGAUGAGAGUGACGAUGAGGAGGACAGCUACAAUGGUGGUGUGCUUGUGUCUGACUCCAUCAGGAAAGACUCAACCCCUGAUCAGGACGAGCUGGAUCAUUUUCCUUUAGAAAAAAUUAGAAAAUCUUCUGUGGAAGCUAAACAUAACACUGAAAAGGCAAAAGACAAAGACCACAAAGAAAAGAAGAAAGAAAAAGCUACAUUUGACACAGGUAAAGAGAGGAAAGGCUCCCUUGAGAAACACAACAAGGACAAGAAGGACUGUGUGGAUGCAAAACACAAGGAGAGAAAAGACCGAAUGUCAGUAGACUCAAACCAAGAGAAGAAAAAUAAGCAGAAGCUCCUGGACAAAAGGGACACGAGUGAGGAAAAGACAAAGAGUAAAUAUAAAGACAAGCUGGACCACUCAAAGGAAAGGAAGCCAUCAAAAGCCAGUGGUGAGAAUGAAAAGUCCCUUUUGGAAAAAUUGGAGGAGGAAGCGAUGAAUGACUAUAAGGACGACUCCAAUGAUAAGAAUAGUGAAAUCUCCUCAGAUAGUUUCACUGACAGAGGUCACGAGCCAGUCCUCACUAGUUAUUAUGACUCCAUCAGUCUGACUGACAUGUCUGAGGACAGGCGAGACUCCCUGUCCAUAUCUACACCCCAGGACAAGUUCAGAGAGAAAGAAAGAAAUCGACAUUCCUCUUCAUCCUCAUCCAAGAAAAGCCACGACAAAGAGAAAGAAAAGGUCAAGAAAGAAAAAGGUGACAAACGUGACAAGACAGAGGAGGUCAGAGAGUCCUACAGCCGCAGAGAGAGCCUACCUUUUGAGAAAGAGCCCAUGCCCCUAGAAGCAGACCCUUAUACUUUCCCUUACGGAGGUAAAGGAGAUGGAGACGAUGACUUUGAGAAAACAUUGGAGUUUGAAAAAGAGAUGUCCAAAAAAGACAAAGACAAAGCAUCGGGUGUCAUCAGUGACAGAAUGAAGGACAAAAAGAAAAAGGAGAAACAUAAGGAAAAAGUUAAGGAGGAGAAAAAUAAGUACAUCGAUGGCUUUGGGUCAUUCAAACACUCCAAAGAAGAUGUAAAGUCAGGCCUGAAAGACAGCCCACAGGUCACCGUUCUCAAAGACAGGUCAAAAGAAGACAGUCCUAAAUUUGAUAUGAAAAAAGACAGAAAUCGGGAUGUACUGGACAAAGACAACAGGAUGGACCACAGCAAAUCUAAGGCUAAGGAUGAAAAUGAAAAGAUCACUCAGUCCAAAGACACAGUGAGGAAAGAUAAUCGUCCACGUGAAAAACUGUUGGUGGACGGUGAUUAUCAAAUGACGAGUUUUGGUCAGAUGUUGAGUCUAAAAGACCAGGAGAUUGAAGAGCGCCACAAGAGACACAAAGAGAGGAUGAAGCAAAUGGAAAAGCUGAGACCCAAGUCAGGGGACCCUAAACUGAAGGACAAAACCAAGUCCACAGAGGAAGUAAGAAAGAACCGCAGUGAACUUUCAUCGAAGAAAUCCAACAGCCUGGAAUCUGGUCUUAAAGAAAAGAAGCUGAAGGAUGUAGGUAUCCCAGCACAAAUGAUGUCUCCGGGCAGGAAGUUCCAGCCUUCGGACAGUCAAAACUCAAAGGACUGGCUGGGUGGACCCCAAAUAAAGGAGCACCUCCCUGCGUCUCCCAGGCCGGAUCAAAACAGGCCGACUGGUGUCCCCACACCGACAUCUGUCAUCUCGUGCCCCAGUUUUGAGGAAGUGAUGCAGACUCCACGUACCCCAUCAUGCAGUGCAGAGGAUUACCCUGACAUCAUGUUGGAUGGGUUGGAUUGUCAGAACUCAACAGCUAUGACCAUGUCAAUGAAUGCCUGCUCUCCAUCCUUCUUUGAAAGCAGGUAUUCUAACUCCCAGAGUUUCCAGGAAGGCACCUGCCCUACCCCUGCGAAGAACCUUCAGCUUUCACUUGUAAGCCGCUCUGCAUCCUCAGAUGUCCGCAGGCCUCUGGAAGAUGAGUUCAAGGCCGAGGCUGACAAGUUCCUUCGACAGGAGACUGAUCCAGAGGCCGACUUUGAUCCACCCUCUGCCCAAACUCCAGAGGACAAAUCAGCAGAUAGGCUUGAGUGUCUGUCUUCUCCUUAUUUCUCCCCAAUGGGACUGUUGUCCCCUCGGCGGGAGCCAGCACAUCCUACGCCAGAUGUGGCAGCACCAGCUCUGACUGGUUCUGAGGGUAGUGAACACCUUCAUGAAAGUGUAUACAGCUUCUUGCCGAAACCCUCUACACCAGUUCACAGGCCAGACCCCCAGGAGCCCUGCUUCGACAUCGCUGCACCACCAACACCAGCUCCUGCUGCUUUGCCACCCCUGGACAUCGAUGACAUCUCUGAGCCUCACCACAGUGAACCUAACCUUGUCCUCUCCGAUCUUCCUUCUGUCACAGAAGAACAGGAGCAGGAAGAGGAGGAAGAUGAGGAGGAGGAAGAUGAGGAGGAAGGCGAUAUGGACGAGAGAGCUGAUGCAGACCACUGUUCAGUGGUGGAGCCUGAGCAAACAAGGGAGCCAUGUUCCUUCUCCCCACAGGUUGAGGACCCUUUGAGGAAGAGCUGGCCUGCAGAGUCUCCAGACCGACAGGAUCCAGAAGUCCAUGAGCUUUCCCCUACACACUCUGCCCCUAACCAGGGAGAGAACUGUUUUGAUCACAGCAUGGGCUGGAACCCCGACAUGGACCUCAAAUCUCCCCACAGGACAUACGGGGAAAUAGAGGCUGCUGUCUCCAAAAUAACCAGUCCUUACUCUCAUUCAGAAAAUGAUAUACUCCACUUGUCUGGACACCCCUCUGUCACUCCCCCCUAUGCCAACUGGAACAGGUGGCACAAAGAAGAACCAGAGGACUUUGAUGAGCAGAAAGAGGCUGUGGCUGACAUCCCCUCCCCAGAGAGACGUGACUCAGUAAUCGAUGUGGAACCCAACUAUCUAAACACUUCAUCCUCCUCCAACAGGCUGGAGUCUUUCUUCCAAGACUGCAACAAACCAAGUAUGGAGGAUAAUCACCAGAUGGAUGAAGAGUCAACAUGUGAUGAACCAGACAGCAGACAGAGUACUCACACUUUCAGUGCUACAAGUGAAGACAUCAUGGGUCCAACAGUGGGCCCGGAGCCUGUGGUGCCCUGGGCAGACCCAUUCUCAGCUGAGACAGAUGAGCUAGAUGACCUAGGACCAUUCUCCUUGCCUGAGCUACCACUACCUGACAAGUCAGAAGAAGCUGAACCUCGAGACCCUGAACCAACUGACCUCAACAAAACUGUGCCCAUCCACAUCCAACACAGUAUCACAGAGAGAGAUGACCCAGACAUAAUAGAGGUGGACCCUCCAAGCCCGGCUAAGACCACAUGCCCUGCUGGAGACCUUAGUUUGGGAGAACCUACCGGUCAAGAUUUGGUCGUUCCAUCACCACAUGCCAACUUCCAGCAGGACUUAGACCUUGAGCCUCAAAGUGUGCCAGUCAACAACUCUUUGUCUCUCAUUCAACAACAGGAAAGAACAGGACCUUAUGCAGAACCUGAUGAGCAGGAGACUAAUCUGUUGUAUUCAUCUGCAAAUCCAGAUGCCAGUCAGCAACAUCACCUACAGAUCCACUCCCUCACUGAGUCGCUGCAGUUACCCCUGGAUUCAGUGUCUGCUGUCAAGUCAGAGGUGAGACUAGAGGAGAUGUCUGAGCCUGUAACAGAAUCUGUGACAUGCAGUCCUCUUCCUCAGCUGCCAGUGGCAGUCAGCCUCUCCAGCACACUGGAACUACCAGACACUCAGGAGACCACAUCCAAGCUAACACCUGUAACUGUGACCACUGUGUCCACAAUUAUAGACAUCCCCAAGAAAGUUGAUGAAAUCCCACAAAGGAUUACCCGCAAUCGCGCCAAGAACAAUCCCUCUGCUGCUGCUGUCCCUUCUACCUCCAGCAUAAUAACCUCAUCUGCUACUGCCACCCCUGUAACAACCAGUCCAACAGCGAGCAUUAAUGUGAUCCCCACUCGAACCCCAACACCCACCUCAGGCUCCUCCAUCUCAGUUCUGAAGAAAGACAAGGAAUCUGUGCUUCAUGUCUCCCCUACUGCACCUAAUUCAACCCCUGCAGUUUCUAUACCUACUUCUGUGACAACUCCUGCAUCAGUGGUUCUCAGUAAGACGACAAAAGGACGCCCUCUCCAGGUGGACGAAGAGGAGUCUCAGACCCAGCACCCGCGGAAGAGGAAAUUUCCACGUUCUGCUGGGCAGCAGGUCCAGGUCCAGCUGGUAAACACGGCCAUGCAGCAGACCAGGGAAAUGAUUCAGCAGACUCUGGCUGUUGUAGUAAAUGCGAUCAAACUUGACGAUAUCGAGCCCUACCACAGCGAUCGUUCCAACCCGUACUUUGAGUACCUGCAGAUCAGGAAGAAGAUUGAGGAAAAGAGGAAGAUUCUGUGUUACAUCACCCCACAGGCCCCACAGUGUUAUGCUGAAUAUGUGACCUACACCGGCUCCUACCUGCUGGAUGGCAAGCCGCUCAGCAAGCUUCACAUCCCUGUGAUUGCACCACCUCCAUCACUGUCAGAACCUCUGAAGGAGCUCUUCAGACAACAAGAGGCAGUAAGAGGGAAGCUCAGGUUGCAGCACAGCAUAGAACGGGAGAAGCUGAUUGUGUCAUGUGAGCAGGAGGUUUUAAGGGUCCAUUGCAGAGCAGCCAGGACAAUAGCCAAUCAGGCUGUGCCAUUCAGCGCCUGCACCAUGCUGUUGGACUCUGAAGUGUACAACAUGCCAUCAGAGAGCCAGGGUGAUGAAAACAAAUCUGUGAGAGAUCGCUUCAACGCUCGCCAGUUCAUUUCCUGGAUUCAGGAUGUAGAUGAUAAAUACGACCGCAUGAAGACGUGUUUGUUGAUGCGGCAACAGCAUGAGGCAGCAGCGCUCAAUGCAGUGCAAAGGAUGGAGUGGCAGUUGAAGGUUCAAGAGUUGGACCCAGCAGGACACAAGUCCCUCUGUGUCAACGAAGUGCCGUCCUUCUACGUGCCAAUGGUCGAUGUCAAUGACGACUUUGUCCUGCUGCCUGCAUGACACACCUGUGCUCACAGAUAGAGCUCAAACUUUGUCUGAAUCACUCCUUCUCAAAGAGACUUCGUUGAACAGAACGAAUGGAAAGGGCUAGCAAGUUUGACAGAGGACUUUAGACAAGAAAAAAUUAUAUUCUAUAGAAAAAGUAAAGAGGAAAAACUUGCUCUUGAUUCCCUUCCACGAAGAAGGAAACAUGUUUUUACUGGGGAAAAAGAAAAUACACAACUUGCACUUUCAUCCUCAAACGUUUUUACGCUUUCAUUUGGUCAGAGUGCGAGAAGCAGAAACAGUUUUUGCUUGAGGCCCUGACAUCAGGACACAGCUCCUCAGUGCUCAGUUAUGGUGAGACCGGGGACAGAGAUAUUUUUUCUGCAUUUAUUUUUAGUCCCUGCUUCAGUAGACCCACCACCACCACCACUGGGAGGUAUCUGCAAAGAGUUAUCUUAACAGUGUGGUGCCUGUCGUGAAGGAGGACUAAGGUGAAGCCUCCCCUGUUGAUCCAGGGCUCCUGGUGGGCAAGGAGAACCAGACCGAGUCAGCGCUGGUCUAUCAACAGGGUUGGGGUGCAUUAUGUGGAUCUUCAAUGUGUAUCUACCCCAAGACAGCUGGGACAGACGGACCUGGGAGCCAGAACCAUACGCUGAUGGUUUGGGUUUAUAAUAUAGUACACCCAGAGGACGCCGUUUCGGGUCACUGCACCAGCCCUGGCUGAACGGCAGCGCAACAGAGCCUGCAGCAGGUCAGAAUAUAGCAGAGGGUUAGCGAUAUGUGUACACGUCAGGGCCCAGUGUCUGAGGGGAAGAGACUGACCCUUCAGCCUCUCAGCCUGGCUUAACAGAAGAGGACAGGCAUGGAUCGCUGAGGACAGACCGGAGUGUUCCUCGGCCACCUUGUUUGCUCCGACACAAACACAUCAGACCGCCGUGGACUGCAGAAACACCACAUGACAACCAGAAGACACAAACAUAACGAAUGUUGAGACUCAAAGAGACUAUUGAGAAAUUGUGGUUUAGCAGGAGAGAAAUAUUGUUUUUGUCUAUUUCUUUACUUGGGCAUUUCAUUGUUUCUGAGGAAGUGACUUGAAACACUACAGAGCCAAUAUUAGUUUAAUGGAAAAAAAA